UUUGCAUUGCUGGAUCUCAUAAGGGAUCUUUUAUGUUUUCCAGUUGUCUUUGCUGGGUUUGCUUUUGGCUCCUUCUACAUUGCAGGGAAGCUGCAUUGCUUUGCACCUGGUGGUCGGGGCCAAUCCUGGCACCUCUGCGCCUUCUGGGGACCCCUCUUCAUUGCCAUGCUCAUUGCCUUGUCCCGUAUGUGUGAUUACAAACAUCACUGGCAAGAUGUGCUGGUUGGCUCUGGAAUAGGUUUCACCUUUGCGUAUCUCUGCUACAGACAGCAUUACCCUCCGCUGACGGACCCCAAAUGCCAUCAGCCUCUGCAGCAUGUAUCCAGGCUAUCUUCUCCAGAGAGGCAAAAGCUGACACUUUCUGGUUUCAACCUAGAUGUAUGAAGGACUCAGGGGUUUCUUUUCUGUGUAUUUGCAGACUCGAGUGGGGGGGGGGAAGAGAGCUUAAUCAUCCAUGUUCUGCUUUGCUCAAAGGCCAGGAGGUGGUAGGGGGAGAAGCAUCAUUGUCCAAAGUAUACCAGCCUGAUUGAAACUCAGGGCCUCUACCUCUUCCCCUUCAUCACGCAUAUGUGGCUGAGAGAGUGAAUAUUUUCCAGGACAGCAAAAUUGCAGAGUUUGGGAAGAUUUAUUUUUUUGUGGCCAACUCAUUCCUGGCAAUAUUGAACCAUUCCUCAUCUGAUCACAACAGAGCAACAAAAGGAGUCUCUAGUCCAUUCCCUCAUUGUAAUGCCAGGCAUUGCUCUUGAGUUUAAAUGCCUAUAAAUAGAUGCCACAUGAUCUCAGUGUGCAGUCUUGACCUAUGUAUUACAGGAGAGGUCUGAUGUCUUUUCCCAUGAUGCCCAGGGUACAUUCCUGUCCAUCCAAAGACAGAUGGGUACAAUUGUAAUAGUUUUCUCCCCAAAAUUCUGCCUUAAAAUAGUAGCACGGGGGUGGUGGUAAAGUAUUUCAGGAUUCAGUGAUUUUGUGCAACAACACACCAGUCCUUUCAAAACAGAGCAGUAGCUCAACCAUUCACCAAGGACAUUGACAUGCAUUGAAACAGGUAUAAAGAUAGAUGCCCUAAAUCCAGACCCAUGCAUUGGCCAUUUUUCUGCUACUCUUAAUUACAAAGGAAUCAGGAGUCUCCAACAUUUGCCACUGAGGUGUAAUAUUUAAGGAGUCAAAAUUAAAUCUAGGAGACUAAUUAUAUUAACUGCAUAUAUUUGUUCUGCCGGGUUCCCUCCUUGCUGUUCACUCAAGAUUUGUGCAGUUUUUCUAUAUUUAUGGCAGUAUUUUUAGUUUUGCAUCCUCUACCAUUGCACUGCUCUGCAAAAAGUUUGAUUCUCAGCAAUGCAAAUUGGUAUUGAUUUAAAAUAGUGUGAUGACUCAAAGUUCGCAAGACUACACACUUCCAUUUUUAGCCUUGCUCCUUUUAGGGGGAUUUUUAAUGAGUUAAACUAUGGCUUCACACCACUGCUGUUCCUAAACCACUAAAAAUUAAAGAUUUCCCUGUGACUUCAUGUCCAACUUUAGAGCACAGUGCUCAUCUUUUUCUUGAUGGAGGGAGCCACAGUGUUGUGGCCAGAAUGACUAGAUGCCAAGGCCCACAGAAUGCUGUUGCCUUCCCAUUGAAGUGGUAUCUAUUUAUCUACUUGCAUUUGCAUGCUUGUGAACUGUUAGGUUGGCAGAAGCUGGGCCAAGUAAUGGGAGCUGUUGCAUGGAGCUUAGGUCUUGAACCUGGAUUGUUAGCUCUCCAACUGACAAGCUCGGUGUGUUUAACUGCUGAGCUAUCAUGUCCCUUCCUAAACCACUACUCUAGCAAUAGUGGGCAAUAUUCAGCUAUCCCCAAAAGGGUUUAGGGGUUCUUACAGUCAAUAUAUUUUGCACUCCUGGUUAAAGAUAAAUAGGUAAGAACUUUCCUAAAAGGAAGCAUUUUUUAGAGUCUAUUUAAUUCCCAUCAAUACUCGCACCACAAUACAUUUUGUUGAUUGUGGUGGAAUUUCUGUGCAAUGGAUCAAUGUUUUAUAGCUCAUAACUAAUUUGUUACUUCUUGGUCCCUCAAUUAGUACUCAGCUUGCGGUUUUGUGCAUUUAUCCAACUAUAACAAACUCCCAUUUUCAAAGGUAUUUCCUUAGCUGGAGAAAGACCCAAAGUUCAACUUAUCCAUGUCAUUACCCAUGUGCUUUGUUUUUAAUCUUAGGGUCAUUGGAUGCUGCUGUUUUCAUGUGAAAUUGCUAUUCUAACAUCAGCAAUUAUGAUUAUUGAUUUUUUUUAUACUAUUCAUACUGUACAGCAGAUUACUAUUAAGACAGUCUAGGGUGAAACGUUUUUCUACCAUAGAUAGGUAUAACAAUUGCAAAGUUUAACAGAAUAACCAAACUUGUGCAGCAUAACAGCACUUGGGUAUUUUUUAAAGAUAUCUGUGGUUGCAUUGUGAGAUUAAUCCUAUACAUCCUUAAAUCUCAUUUGAACAACCAAUGAACAGCCAAUCUAUGGAUGAUGAUCUAACUACCAUAACAAGAUAAAACCACUUGGAUCACUAAGAUUACUGUAUAAGAAGUCAAUCCUAAUGAUUUAACAACUGUGCUUAUUAGAAUGACAGAUAAAGAGGCCUAACAGUCAGUCAGGGUUCUCCUUGCAAAGUUCAAUAAAUUCACCAAAGGCAGACAGCUGCUGGAAAAAAGUUAAAUAACUUUUUUUUAAAAAAGGUAAUAUUUUACAAAGUGCAUUAACUUCCAACUGUUUGAUUUUUCCUAUUGAUACUCCAAUUGAGAAAAUUUGGUCGUGUCAAAUGGCAUUCUGUUCAGCCACAAGUGUAGCAUGAGAGGCUGGAAAAUUCAGUGAUGCAAUAAUAGUGCAAACAUAACGAGAACAACUAAGUAUCCGGCACAGAAUUGGAAUACGCAAGGUGAACAGACGUGUAGCAAUAGCGUGAUCACAUCUUACUUAUAAACAGGCUGCUUGCUGCUCCCUUGGCCAAGACUUUCUUGAAAAGAGAAAUUUUGCAGAAUGUGAGAUAAGUGAAAAGCAAUUGACCACUUCAUGACC